CCACGUUACCCUUUCAUCAUAGUCCACAAAUAAACACACUUAGCUAAAAAUCUCUAUUCAUUUUUCUUGUUCGAAUUCUCCACAAAAUAUAAUUUGCAUCAAACUAAUGGAAUCGGGAUCCUCCAAAAACUGCAGUGAAGAAGAGGAGAGGAGCAAAAAAGAAAAGCAGCUUUCAUCCUCCUCAUCUCCAUCAUCAUCUUCCUCUCAUUACCUGCUGGGUUCGCCCUGGAAGUACAACCCCGAACGACGAGAAGCAGCCGCUGUCAAGCUUGACCUUAUGGAUGUGGAUGAUGACGAAGCCAGCAGGAGUCGAAUAGAUGUCAAGGAGCAUAUGUUUGAUAAAGUGGUGACUCCAAGCGAUGUGGGAAAGCUAAAUAGGCUAGUCAUUCCCAAGCAGCACGCAGAAAAGUAUUUCCCAUUAGAUUCAUCCACCAACGACAAGGGUCUUCUUCUCAACUUUGAGGAUGUUGCCGGCAAGGCGUGGAGGUUUCGCUAUUCCUACUGGAAUAGCAGCCAAAGCUACGUCAUGACUAAAGGUUGGAGCCGUUUUGUGAAGGAAAAGAAGCUGGACGCGGGUGAUAUCGUGUCGUUUCAGAGAGGGGUGGGUGAUGCUGCUAAAGAUCGUCUCUACAUUGACUGGAGGCACCGUUCUGAUGCACCUGGACCUCCCUCUCACAACCACCGUCAGCACCACUUCUCAGCCAUGCCUUGGAGCCCUCUACUGAUGCGGCCUCCAGCAGUGUCGUCGAAGGACCACUUUCAUAGGAUGAACAAUGUGUAUUGCAGCAGUGGGAGAGUUGGAAAUGGAUCUUCUUCUUACGGCUACGGUACUUAUAUAAACAACUACUAUAAUGGUGUUGCUCCAUCUAAUUCUGGGACAGUAGUAUACAUGAGAUCAACAGAAGGGGAGGUUGUGGAGCCAAUGGUGUUUGAGUCGGUGCCGGUAGUCCAAGGGAAAGUAUCUGCCAAGAGACUGAGGCUGUUUGGUGUGAACAUGGAUUGCCCCAUUUCCGACUCAGAUCUAUCUCCUCAUGCACCAGCAUUGCAGCCGCCUCAUCAUCCAUUGAGGCUCUAUAACGGCACCCCUUUGCCUACUUCUGCCCAGUUCCUUCAAAAAGGGAAGUCAUCCAUGUCCUUAGAUUUGGAUAUUUGAUUCUCAUUAUUCCUGUAUAGAUCACCAGGCUCAUGUGCUAGACUGUCUGAUAUUUUUGGUCUUGAUUUUUAUUUUUGCACACACCGGUGAAAAUUAAAUUGGGAAGCUAGCUAGCUGCUUCGUCACUAGACGUGAAUGAAAGGGAAUUAUAUUAUAAUGUGAUUGCUGGGUGCAAACAAAGUUGGGAGUUGUUGUUAUGCUCCAUCUUCUUUU